GAACCCAGUGAUCUCAACAAAAAGCUGUGUUUCUACAGCCUUUCUCUUUCUCUUAAUCUACACAUUCCAUUAGCAUACUCGCCACAGAAAUCUCUACUUGAACGAAAUUCAUAAAUUUUGAAGAAGGAAUACGCAAAAAUAUCAUGUCCAAAACAAACCUUCCCUCCACGCUCGCCAUCCUAUCAACGCUGCUCCCCCUUACAUCCACCGCCCUUCCAACCCCCACCAUCGCUAUCCCGUCAACCCUUACCUCCUUCCCUACAACCAUUACAAAAACAAAGUGGACAACAUACUCCACUAAGACGGAAUAUCCGAACCCGGGUCUUCCCUUGUUCUCGCAAGAGGAGUGGGUAGAUACGACGAUAGCCGCCGUGUACGAGCCGUGGCUGAGUGCGCCGACCUCAUUUCCAUACACGCUGGUCCGGAUCAGCGAGACGACGGCAAUGAACGAGCUGAGGGUGACGACGGAAUGGCAUCGCCCGGCGACGACGCUUAGUUUGCUGACGAAUUCAUGGACGGUGAAGGAGACGCUUGUCAUUGGGGGUUGAGGAGCGGGGAUGAUGGACGGUUUGAAGUGCUCGGUUCAUCAGGUAUCGGAGUAGGAAGACUUUUCCUGCCGUAGGGAGGGCUCAUGGUGACAUGCAGGCAUGCACGAUGCUCUGCAGAGGGGAAGAAAAUGCAAUGGAAAAGCUUCGUCCAAAGGAAACUCAAGGAUGAGAUUGUUCAUAUAAUUUCCUGUUGUCUCCAAGAUGCACUAGGGACCGCGUUUU